CUGGACCCGGAGGAACGAAACGACGAAGCGGUAAAAGAGAUGAAGCAAAAAAUCGACAAGGAACUCGCUUACAUAGCUUGCAGGCUGACGGAAUUGAUCCCGACCACCUCAAACCUUGACGAGUUCGGAGUGAUGGAAGUGGCAAAAUUCAAAAUGAAACAGGAACCUCAAUACCGCAAGGUUUCCGAGAACGAAAUUCAGAUUCUGGAAGAAGAUCCCAUGGAAUACGACAAGGGACUCGUGAACAGCGAAAUGCUACUGAACAACAUCCAGAGCCGUCGCUACGACAGCUCCAAGAGCUACAAAAAGCUCCUGGACAACGAAGAGGGGGGAAAGAAGGGAGAAAAGGAUUCUGGAGCCAAUGAUGCUAGGAAGGACGGAGACGACAGCAGUAGCGAUGGUGAAGAAGACGACGAUUCUACCGAUGGACUCAUAGAUAUACAAUACGUCUAGAGCAAGGGUUUGCCGAACCCCUGCAAAAUCAUUCUUCUAGCACGCGCUCUACUCUACUUGUAUCAUAGACACACGC